AUGGCGGUCCCUGACGGCUCCUCUCUCCUGACCCAGAUCAAGCAGUCCAGACUGACCGUCGCGUAUUGUCUGGCGUUGGCGUCAGGCAUCGUGCUGUACGGCUAUGACCUGGUUAUUGUCGGAAAUGUCUCCUCGAUGCCGGCAUUCCAACGCGACUAUGGUAGCACCCUGCACGGAAAACUCAUUAUCCCCUCCAUGUGGCUCAGCCUCUGGAACGUGGCCAACCCCAUCGGCGGCAUCAUCGGAUCCAUCACGGCGGGCUUCGUGCAGGACAGACGAGGCCGUCGCUUCGCCCUGGCCCUCGCAACCAUCAUAUCCGCCAUAGGCGUCGCCGUGGCCUACGUGUCUAACCUCUCGGACGAGAUCGACACCCGUCGUGGCGUCUUCUUCCUCGCCAAGUUCGUCCAAGGCUUCGCCGUCAACAUGGUGAUGUGUACCGUCCAAACUUACAUGUCCGAGGUCCUCCCGCGCACCCUCCGCGGGCCCAUCCUCUCCUUCUUCCCGCUCUUCACCCUCCUCGGGCAGCUCAUCGGCAGCGUCGUCGUCAAGAGCCAAGCCAAGCACCUCUCCUCCAUCGGCUACCGUCGCUGCUUCAUCUCCGAGUGGCCCUUCUCCGCGCUCCCUCUCGUCGUUGCUAUUCUCAUCCCCGAGAGCCCCACCUAUCUCAUCCGCAGGAACCGCAUCGACGACGCCCGUCGCGCGCAGCAGCGUCUCAGCGGUGCAGGAGCCCACGUAGAAGCCAAGAUCGACGAACUCCGCCUGUCCAUCCGCCUCGAAGAGGAGCAAGCCAACAGCCACCCCACCACCUACUGCGAGUGUUUCCGCGGCACUAAUCUCCGUCGUACCUUGAUCGUCGUGUACGCCAGCGCCGUGCCCGUCCUGUUCGGGCUGGUGCUUCUCGCGCGCGCUAGCUACUUCCUGCAGAUAGUCGGCAUGAACGCCGAUAACAGCCUCAUGUGUCUGGAGGUGGGCAUUGGCAUCGGCCUCGCUGCUAAUAUUCUCAGUCUCUGGACGCUGUCGCGCUUCGGUCGCGUUCCGCUCCUUCUGACUGGGCUGGGCAUAACCACCGUCCUUUGGACGACGAUGGGCAUCGCGGGUUGCUUCUCCGGCAUUGUCACCGUGUGGUGGACAGCAGCCAUAACAUGGGCUGUGAUAGGAGUCUGCGGCGCCGGUGCCUGGCCAGCAUCCUACGCUGUCAGCGCAGAAGCAUCGUCCCUCCGCCUGCGAGCCAAGACCCAAGGCCUAGGAUGGUUCACAAACUGCUUCGCGAAUGGCGUCUUCGGCGUCGUGCUGCCGUACAUCUUCAAUCCGGAUAAGGGAAAUCUGCGCGCCCGGACUGGCUUCGUCUACACCGGGCUCUGUAUCGUCACCUGGUUGGGAGUGUGGUUCUUCAUUCCCGAGAUGAAGAAUCGCAGCCCCAUCGAGAUCGAUCAGAUGUUUGAAAGACGGCUUCCGGCUAGACAGUUCAAGCGCUGGGCUGUGGUCGAUGAGAGUGAUGCUGAGGGAGGGGAGGCGCGUCGUCCGUCGGAGUGA